AUGGUUUCCAGAGUCGUCUUUUGGGCCGGCUUCGGCGUGGCCGUCCGAGCGUGGCAGCUGGGUCUCCAGAUGGUGCCGCUGUUCCACAAGCAAGGCCUCUGGGCUUACCCUUUCUUCGGUGCGGUCGGUGGUAGCUUUGGAUACUGGCUGCAGGGCGUUGAUGAUAGGCAAACCGCCAUGUUGGCACAGAGGAAAGAGUUCUUGCUGGAGAAGCGUGCAAGGAGAGCACAGAAGCUGGAGGCCGCUGAGACAGAGGCGGCUGCUCACUAG